UUUUCUUGCCAUCUCAUAAACUUUGAAAUAAGUUUAGGUUUAGGGUAAUUUUUCUGUCAUCUUCAACAUCCCCACCCAUAAAGAAAAUAUCUGAGUGUUCUAGUGUCUCAACUGGGUUGAGGAGAAAUUGUUAUUGUGGAAAGGCUGCUAGCUAUUUUGUUGUUUGGACUCUGUUAAAUGCUGGGAGACGAUUUUUCAAGUGUUCAAUGUCUGAGGGAAAAAAAUGUUCUUAUUGGGAAUGGGAGGAUGACGAGCUUCCUCCUAGAAUCAUAGAACUGAUCUGCAAGUUAAAAAAGGAAAAAGAUAGUCUUCGACACGAAAAGAAUAUUUUGCAGCGAAGGAUGGUCGAUCUUGAAAAUUAUGUGGCCGAAAAAAUUGAGAAGAUGAAAGAAAAUGAUGAUUUAAAGAAGACAGUUGCAGAUCUUGAGAAUUUACUGGCAGUUGACGUUGGGUUGAUUCAAAAGUUGAAGGAUAAAGUAUUCAAGCAAUGGAUUAUCAUUGGAAUAUCACGGUGUUGCUUUGUUGGUUUAAUCUCAAGUUGGAUAAUGUAAUGUGACUGUCAUGGCGCUUCUUUUUUGAAGCAGGAGUAAUUUUUCAGAACUUUGAACCCUUCAUAGGCUUCAUCUUAUGUUGAUAUGUUACCAAGUAAGCAUUCUUGCUAUACCGCCAAUUCAUUUCUGUUAGAAGAUCAUUCUUCUUGUAUAUCAAAGCCCUUAUUGUAUGAGGGCAAGGAAUACCAGACAAGUCUCAAAGCCUACAAGUACAUCUCUUUUGCUGGAGAUUGACUGUGUGUCUAUCCUCGCCUUCUAAUACCUCAUAUCCACUAUUACCACCAAAAAUCACCUUACAACCUUGAGCAAUUUGCCUAUAAUCACUAAAGAGUUUCAUGCUUUGUGGACUGUAAUCAACAGUCCAACUGCUAACCUUAGCUUCAUUAGCAACCAACAAUUUCAUUACUUUUACCCUAAUUUCUUCUAACAUUUUGGUGAUAUGCUUGCUCCUAGCCUCCAGUAUCCCAACAUUGAAUGGCUCGUGAAAUUGUUGUCUACCAUCGUGUUCUUACACUGAGUAUCAAGGUAAUCUAUACACCAAGAAAUUGGUGGAUAGUGCAAUAGAUCUUCUGCAGCAUCCUUAGACAAUUCUCCCAAUUUUGACAAUUGAUCUACAAAUUCUUCCUCAUAACUACUCCAGACACACCACCACAUUAGUUUUUUUUAUUUCACCAUUUCUCCAUUUUUUACACCAAUUUACUUCAAUAUGUCUCAUACAAUAUCUGUGAUGUGCUUCAGGCAGCAUAGUCUUUACUGCAUCUAGCAAACCCUAUGAUAUCAAAGAAUAGAAUAACAAAAAUUAGAGAAAUUCAUAAAAUAAGGAGAACAAUUAAAAUUCAGAAUGCUAUAAAAAAUAUUACUUUCUGCAUAUCAAAAAUAAAUGUCACUCCAGUACCAUCUUUUAGGUCCAAAGACCUCUGCAGUAUCUCCAUAAACCAGGUCCAUGUCCUGCUAUUUUCUUUAUCAACUACAGCGCAUGCCAAUGAAUAAAAUUGGUUCAUAGCAUCUUGACCAAUGACAACCAACAAUUGACCUCUAGCCCUUCCUUUGAAAAAGACCCCUCUAACCCAAUAAAUGGCCUCA